UAAAGGUGUGUGUUGGAUUACUGGGAAGAAGACCUGUGUCUGAGUGCUGUAUGUGGUUGCUGCAUCCCAUCUGCAUCAGUGCUGCUUCUUCUGCUAACAUGACCUCCACCGUCGUCUGCAGAGGUCUGGAUUAUAAAGGCUGAGCAGCAGAUCCUGAGUCUUUGUCAAGAAGGGCACUGACAGCCCCCGAGUGCUCACACUGAUCAUCUCAUUGAUGUUGCUAUGAAGAAAGAGGUCAGAAAUGACUGAUGUGGAGCCUGUGGUCACAGAUUUUGCAGCAUCAGGAAGAUCAGGUCGCCGCAAUGCCUUACCAGACAUUUUGGGUUCUCCAGCAGGAGCUGAGACGUCGGAUCUGCCACAGAAACUAGCGGAGCUCUGUGUAUCUCAAGAUGAAGGAGCAGAAGGAGGAGGGACAACUUCAGGAGAAACUCCUGCCGAAACUCCAGAAGAAAAAUCUGAUACCUAAAAGUCACCUGGGGACAAACACACUUGACCUUCUCUGAUGGACAAUGAGCCCAAGUUGGGUGAUGAGUGGACUAUGCAACACUUUGUAUGGGAAUAACGUAUCUCUUAGUAUUUAGCUCUAUUGAAUAGAAAUAUAUUUUCUACUCUAGAUGGGUAUGGAACAGGUUGACAAAGAAUGUUUCUAGGGCUGCAUUUUACAAAACCUUUUGUUUGAAAUCUGUCGACAGCCUUCAACACGAUAGCCACUGGAGUAGUAUCAGGUAUUGUAAAUUAUUGUUUUGUUGUUUGUAUUCUUCAAUGUAAGUACAGAACAGUAAGGAUUUGGUGUUCAGUAUACUUAGGAAGCCGUUUCAGGAGUAAUGUCACCAUGUCUCAUAGAUUUUGUUUCAAGGUAAAUUACCACAGAAAAUAGGUCAUCUUAAAAUACUGCUCCAGAAUUAUGCUCUGUCGCUGAAUGGGAGAAAUACAUAAAGGCAACCGUGUUCUCAGUGCCUUAAUGUCAUUAGUUUUAUAUGUGACAAUCUCGUAACCUGAAAACUGAGCCUGUGUAACACAUGCCACAUGAAAAAUUGGUGGAACACUAGCCAGCGACUAAGCUAUAUCUCUGUGUGUCACUUUGUUAAUUAAUGUAGCAAUGUACGUGGUUUCACUUGUUUGAUAUAAAAAUAAAAAGAAUAUUGUCAUUGCGGCUGUCAUGUAUACCUUGUGAUGUUCAAGCACGUUCCUCGGGGAUGAAUAAUUACGCAAGAUAUUUCUUA